CCAAUUUCGACAAUGACUGACUGAGACGCUCUGAACUAUGCAACCAAACAUAUGUGCUAUUCAGAAGGUCAAAGGCGACAUGGAACAACCUCAAUCAUCAAGCAGAGAGACUGGGCCUCCUCGAAGGAGCAACGGGUUGCCACCAGAAAUACUUGAAAUCAUAUGGCCUGCCCUGCAAGUUGGAGGGCUCUCUGGCAUGUCUGGAAUGUUGGUUGGAGGCUUUGCUGGUGUAAUCCGAUCAACUACACCCACGCUGUUUGCCCUGGCAUCAGGUAUUCAAUGGUUCACCUUAGGGACCACAUUCUGCGCCUCAAGGGGUUUCGUUAUCCACGUCUGGGGAAAGGACAAGGUUGGACCUGGAGAAAAAGUCUCUGCUAGUGCAAUAGCAGGCGGAGUUGGGGGGACAGCCGGCGGCCUUCUCCGGGGCCGAGGAAAUGUCAUUCCAGGAGCUAUCGUGUUUGCCCUAUUCGGAGCAACAGGACAAGCAGUAUACAAUUGGGCAGAUGCUCGAAAUUCUCAGCUGGUAGAAAGGGGGGAAUCCGACAAGAGGAACUUCAUUUUGAAUUCCAAGUGGAGUCCAAUGAAAGUGUUGUCUGAUAGCGAGUACGAGAACAUGUUGAGAGAGAAGCUUCUCCGAGUCAACGCUCAGAUUGCGUUAGUUAACGAGAACAUUGAAGCCUUGCGAGCUCAAGAGCGCCAAUUGGCUGCCGAGAAUGACCAAAGGCUGAAUGAUCCCAAAGACACAUCGUCAUAACAAGCUUGUACAAUACUAGUAUUGUAGCUGGCAUUUAUUGGAUACAACUUCCGAC